GCUGGUAAUUCAAAAAAACAAAAAACAAAAAUGGAGCUGGCUUUUUAGUGUGAAAAUGGAGCUGGCCCAUCGGUCAUGAUGGAUUUGCAGACGCAAAUUGUGUUAAUUUAAUUGCGUUCGAUGUUUUUUUUUUGAAGCCCAAUCCAACUCAAUCCUAAAUCUGGGCACCUCCAUUUUGUCAACUCUAAUUUAAAAGAUACUCACACGUAAUGCAAAUUUCGGUAAUUUAACCAUCCAUUUCAUUCAAACUAAUUCCAUACGCUAUAUUUAAUUUUGAAGCGAAAAUGAUCUAGCGGGUAGAGGUUUCUGCUUUUCUUCUCCGAUUAAUAAAUAUCAACUGCUCUCACCCGAGGACCAAAGCUUCAUUCUUAAGCAACAAUGGUGGCACUGUUCUCCAAUAAGAUCGCCAAGGAUGAACUCAAACCCGCCGACCAUAUUUAUUCAUGGAGGCACUCUUAUCUCUACGCCCACCACGGAAUAUAUGUUGGAAACGGAAAAGUGAUCCAUUUCACUCGUGGGGCAGGACAGGAGAUUGGUACAGGAACGGUGUUAGACAAAUUCAUUUUUAGCUCAUCUCCAUCUAACCCCUCCGACUCUCCAUGCCCAAGAUGUGGUGACCAGUCUAAAGAUGAUGGCGUCAUAUCUUCUUGCCUUGAAUGCUUUCUUUCUGAUGGAGAACUCUAUCAGUUUCAGUACGGUGUCACACCAGCCGUAUUUAUUGCUAAAGCUCGUGGUGGCACAUGUACCCUUGCCCGUGCCGACCCACCUGAAGAUGUCAUCCACCGUGCUGAAUACCUCCUUCAGAAUGGUUUUGGUGGCUAUAACAUUUUCAAGAACAACUGUGAGGAUUUCGCUAUCUACUGCAAGACGGGGCUGCUGAUCUUCACGACUGUCAGUGUAGGACGGAGUGGUCAAGCAACAUCGUUCAUAGCUGCAGCCAGUGCCAUCGUAUCAUCACCACUUCGCUUUAUGACAACAGGCUUUGCUGGUCUCACAGCAAUGGGUUGUGGCAUUUACUGCAUUAGUCGAAUUGUAUCUGACAUUGGAGUACGACGUGAUGUGAUGAAGAUCCCGGUUGAGAGGCUCGUUUGCCAUUCUGGCCUCGAUGAGCCUGAAGCUGAAAGCCUUGUCAGCCUUGAUGAGCCAGAAGCAGAAACCAGAUCUCCCAAAGAAAAGUAACUACUCAUUGCAGCUACAGUUGUGUUGUCCCAUUGUAUAUGGUGCUUCCCCUUCCCCAUUUUACCCGCUAUUGAUCAUGAUGCGUCAUGUAACAUUAGAUGGCAUCUCUCAAUCAGACCUUGUUUGAUUUUCAUUCACUUGUUCGGACAGUUUUCUGAUUUUUAUUUGUUGGUGUUCAUGUAAAUGUGUUAAACUGGGUAUUUAUUGUAGUAAUUUGAUAUUGGUUUGAGUUUUCA